CAUCAUGAAUCAUCUACGGUUCUCUUUAUUUCAUAAAAGAUGAAAAGGGGUUGGACAAAAUCAAUUCUUUAUGAGAUUUCUUGCCGCCUGCAUGUGGAUGACCUGUGCCUGAGCGCAAAGACGAAGUAAAAUAACGUGGGACGCGCGUAGGCUUGCCUGUUCGCCAAUGGAACACAAGAGGAGGAAGGGUCAACUCGGCUCAAGCUCAGCUCUAACUGGCAUGAGGGUGAUUGGCGAUUCCGUUGCAUUCUGACCCUUACAAUCCCCGAAAUCCGCCUGCCCCGAAUCUCGCCCCACCCACGCCGUCUUUUGCAGUUGGGAAGGUGGUUUAGAUCAUUGCAGUUCUUGAACGGGUCAAUUUCUGCAGAUCGUUGCCAGUGACGUUGUCAAGAAACUUUCAAGUUUCAUAUCUGUUGGGUCGUCGAGAGAUUUCGAGGACAAAUAGACGAGAACAGUGUUUGACUCGCGAAAUUCUUGAUUCUGUCCUCCUCCUCUUCUUCUUCUUCUUUUAUCCGUCCGCUUCCUUUUCUUGGUAAUUUUUUUGAUGGGUUAUUUCGCCAGAUUUCUUUCAUUCUAGGAGAUACCGGGUGCACCCUCUUCCAUGCAUUGAGAUCGGGUUUUCAACGUUUAUCAGGGGUCGAUUGCUUUAUGAGAGCUGGCUGAAGGAAGUGACCAUAUCCGUUCAUUGGUUGUUUUGAUUACUGAGCUGAAGGACCCCUUGUGACCCUGCUAUUGAAGAGGGUUUUUGAGGGUUGUGUCCAAGAUCUGAGUUCUCACAAGCUGAGAGGGGUGCUUCAAUUCUGAAUCUAUUUUGGCUAGUGUCGGUCAAACAAUCUUUUGUGGGCAUCAUGGAUACUAUCCCGAAUAUGGUUCACUAUUGUUCCGUGUCAAGGGGAAACAGAAUUCUUUAUGCUUAUAACGGGGGCAACCCCGAGCUAGAUAACUUGGGCGCCUUGUGCUUGGAAAACACUCCUGCUUUCCAUAGAUGGUACUUUGAGACUGUGGGUAAGAGGACCUUCGGAUUUCUGAUUGAAGAUGGUCACAUCUAUUUCGCGAUUCUUGAUGAGGGUCUCAGGGACCGGGGCGUCCUGCAGUUCCUAGAGCGCGUGAGGGACGAAUACAAAAAGAUUGCUAGAAAGGGCUCGAGGGGAAGUUUGUCGAGUAUUAACUCGGUCAUAGUACAGGAAAAGCUAGUACCUGUAAUACAGCACUUGAUAACUUCGUUGGAGCAAGUUCCUCAGGGUGGUGAUGACUGGCCAAUUGAAAUCGCUGCAUUGGAUCAGGCAGGCUUGUCCCCGUCGCCGAGUAAAAUGGAUGGGGUAAAUGAAAUCGGUAGCUCCACUAAAGCCCCUUUGUUGGGCAAGAUUGGUGUGCAAGAGAAGAAGAAGACCAAGGAUCAUGUUCUUGUGAUGCGGGAUAUUGAAGUGGAGGAGCACCGGAGGUCAUCCGACAGAGGAGUCAGAGUUGAUUCUGCUGGCCUGGACUCUACCAACCUAAGCAGAUCAGGUUCUGCUGUCUUAAUGCAGAAGGAUUUUGGUUCCAUGAGGAAUAGAUCAGGCUCACAAAACAUUAAAAAGAGAUGGUGGCGCCUAGUUCGCAUUGUUCUUGCCAUUGAUGCUGCUGUCUGUGCAGUUCUCUUUUCCAUUUGGUUAAUGAUUUGUCUCCGAACCGAAUGCAUGCGCUGAGGAAUUUUCUCUGCUGUGAUGCUGCAAUUUUUCUCAUUCAAUGAAGACAGUUAGUGGAGGGUUCAAGUUCAUGCUCUUCUGAUCACUACAACUUGGCUUCCAAUCUCACAGAUCAAAGUAGCUGGCUUCUUGGCCAUUUUGAGAUCAUGAAGUGGGCCUUUUUCAAGGAAGGAUCUGAAUGGGAUGUUCUUGAUAUUGUUGACUGUCUCAUAAUCCUCUUGGAGGUAAAGUGAUUUACGUUGUAUCUGUGAUACAAUGGAAGUCAUUGGAUCUAGGGUCCCCUAUGCAAAAGGAAAGAACGUUAAGAUGACAAGAAACCAUAGGGAUCUUGGUUGGAGUAUCUAUACCAUACUUGCAUUGGUGACAGUUGUAAUUAUUUUACAUGUUGAAAAUGCGAGUCUCCCUUUUCCUCUCUAAAUUAUGUUUGAACUUUGUAGUUGCAUCUCUGUAGUGUCGAAAACACAUUGUAAAUCUUGCAGCUUUUUACCUACAUGUUUGAUCCCUUCGUAGUCCAUGUCAUUGCUAAAAUACUAAUUGUGCUUUUUUGGUGA